AUGGACUUCCCUAAUGACAUAACCACCAACGUCUUCAGGGUUGGGGACAUUAAGGAGAUACAUUGGGCCGUCUACACCAGGAGGCCCAAGGAUGGGUCAGAUUUGCAGAAUAGUCCAUCUAACGAGGAUGAAGAUGAUUUAGCACACCUUCUACAAUUAGCGGCAUGCACACUGCGCGAGAAUGGACGUCACGUUACUCUCGACAAGGAUAAAGCUGGCUUGUGGGUCUUCAGCCUGUCCCAAGCUCUAGACGAAGGCACCGCUCAGAGUUUAGGUCUCGAUGGCCUCGAAUGUACAUCCGCCGGAUCCGUGCAUUCAGGAGACUUGGUCGCUGCUUCAAGCUCUAACGCGUCAGCUCUGCCUUCGAUCAAAACAGCGCGCUCCACCCAGUCAGCCGCUGCAGCCAUUGGAGAGCUGAACACACAAGCUUUCGGCUCGAACGCUGGUUCAAAUACCCAACGGUCGAUCAAUGAGCCGGGUCAUAAGAGAAGGGAAGCAUGGGGUGCUAGUCAGGAGCAUUCUAUCCUCGAAGUCUACUCAAAGUUUAUCUCUGCGGUAUCUUAUUCUCUAUCGCGUUCUUUGGGAAAUGGAAAAGGAUGGAUACAAGUCGGGCCCGACGCCUGUAUAGACAUGCGGACGCUGGAAGAUGAUCUCUUCGACUGUUCAGAGCUACAGUCAUGGGUCGCCACGACAACAAAAAUAUGCUUUGACGUCAAGUGGCUUUCAUCCGGAAUUCUGUUGAUCUCAGUGUUCCAAGUUCAGUUGCCAAGGCAUAUAAGGAUGUCUACAAUAAUUUCAAAGGACGGAAAGUCCGCAAGCUUGGCUGUCGGAGCGCCUCUACUCCUCUCGCCCUUUGGUAUCAGGUGUCAAUAUCUUGGAACGGAAGACCUCCCAAACAGCGACGUCCAGCGCAAGUCAACUGCGCAGGUAAAGGCUUCGAUAUUAUCGCGUCUAGGACUUGAAGGCAUAAGGGAUGCGCGAGACGUAAUGUGGAUCCAGGUGCAGAUGGGACGUGAAUCAAUCGGCUUCGUCGGCCCGCCGGUGUCACUGUGGCCAGCCGAUCUUUGCUUCUGUGGGGAUGUGAUGACUCCACACAGCGGCGAGGAUGGCGAAUCAUUCAACAGGUGUAUCAUGGAUGGCUCGAUUGACCCUUUGGAGGAAGCCGAGUCAUGGUUUCUAGGAAAAGCCGCGCGCAUGGACUUGUUGCAAGCCAGGGUGCGGGAAGAGAAUCAAGGAGCCGAGGAAACGAAAGAUGUCGAAGACACGGAAGACGAAGACGCUUUGUCUCCCAUCGAACUCCCGAUGGAUCAAGGCAUCACUCCACAAGAUGUGAGCGGAAUUUAUCCCACACCACCGGAUGGACUACCGUUAGCACUUCUAGGUUCAUCAAAUCCUAACGAUCUUCAAUCCGGUGACUACGAUGACGAAGACAAGGAACUGCAGCCAAGCGAUGGGGGGCGUGGAGACUAUGACGGACAAGGAAACGACGACCUCUUCGAGGACAUGGACAUUGACAUGUUCGCAUCUAAUGGGCUUACUGAAGCAGACUUCAGUUUUUUCGAUGAGCCGGGUAUGAUGGACGAGGAUUUGCGGGAGACAGGUCAAGUAAUGACCCUAGACGAUACCAACGAGACCACAGACGACACCAUGGCAUUCCAUGAGCAGGGUUUGACAACGACGCCGUACGUAACACGUGACAGCGGGUCAGAUCGAAAUAUUUCCGAAGGUCAAGAAGAUGCAAUCGGCGAACAAGAAAGCGUUCGGGUGUUACCGAUGACCGAUAAUAAUCGGCCCGACAAAUACUAUGAACAGGCUCUAGAAUCUACCGUCAAUAUUGGAGAUAUCGACUAUGGAGCACUUGAGCAACUGAAUCUUCGGCAUGGAACAACCCAUCAGGACGCCCAUGGAAGCCAAAGAGGCUCUUUUGAACAUGUACCGUUUCAAGGAUCUACAUUCAAUUUUGAUGACAAGUACAAUAUGAAGGGCCGAUUCGCCUUUGACGUGGAUGAGCUACCAACACACCCCAAACGUGGAGAUCGCCCCUAUCGUGAAAACCAUCUUUCCAAAAUCAGCUUCUGUCCGGAGAAGUCGCCAACGGAGGAUAGUGUGAAUACAGCAGAUGACGAGGAGAACGACAGUCCAGCCCUGGAAGACGCUGAUUUUCACGACGUAAUGAAUCUUUCUUUGGAAUUACAAGCAGAAUCAUCACGAAAAAGGAAGCGAGAGCAAAAUGAUGACAACGACCACCCUGUGACACCAUCAUCUUCAGUUCAUUUAGCAAAGAGCCUGGCAGGCUCACCUCAGAAUGAAUUAGACGAGCCUAUGUUAAGUUUAUCGGAGCCAAACGCCUUUGAAGAGACAAAAGAUAUGGUAGAUCUUGACCCUCAAAAUCAUAUACAUUCAACCCCAUCCUUCACAGGUCAAGGGCAGGCCUUCGUUGGAGUGGCUCAACUGAUCGCACACCAAGCAGUAUCUGGAAUCCUUCAAUCCCAGACCGAAUGUUUUGGAGAAACAAAUCUAGUGGGAGAAAGUGGACCAGACCGAUCGCUUCAGAAUACCAUGACACAUUUGUUAUCAACAUUCUUCCCGGCCAACAAGCGUUGCAGCCUCAAGGAGUACGUCAGUCUUGGCGAGAAGAACUCGGCUAGUGUCUCGAAGGAGCAAGUGAUAUUGAAUCAAAGGAGCCUUAAGCCCACCCACAUGGCCGGAGGACUCACCGCCACGGGACAAUCUAUCUUCAAGCUCGACAGUCCUUACACCCGCGUUCGACGCAACGGUGUGUCAAUCGAAAUCUCGGCCUCCGCACUCUCAUUUUGGGAGGAACUUAGCUUAGGACCGUCUCAUGAGACCAAAGACAUCGAUGUCUUUUGCGUGUGUCCAAAAAAUAAGUACAUUGCAGAAGGGAUUAUGGCUUUCCUCAACAUGAUCAAAGGCACCUAUCAAAGCUGUAACCUGGGCUCACAUGACCUCGGCGCGUCUCUUGCUGACAACAGCAAGCGUGUUCUCACCGUGCCCAUGGACGCGAGGAAACCGGACAAUUUUCUUCAAAACAUCGCUGUCACUUGCGAGGGGCUUGGUGCCAAACUCCCGGAGCUCGGGCUUCAAAGCGGCACAACUGUCAUCUACAUCAUCAACCCUUUCAACGAUCAGCAAUAUCUUCCUGGACUUUGUGACGCCUUGUUACGAGUGCCCAGCGCUUACAGUGCGGCGCUAGAGAAACGGCGGCUCGAAAGGCACAAUAACUUGGUAAUGCAAAUAGUCCCGCUUGACCUGGUAUGGAGUCAGGAACGUAUGGUCGUACCAUCUCCCGCAGUUUACAGAAAGCUUGCUUUCGAAGUAUACAACAACUGUGGGUCAUCUGAAAGCGACCACAACCGAGAAUCGUACUUCAUGGGUACACCAGCAAUCCGUCUGGCAAAAGCUGUGCCUAAAACAAUCGACUUCAAGCUGGGUUCGGAAAGCUCGGCUCUGUUCCUGCAAUCAGAUAAUUGUGUGCACGUGUCUUAUACUUGGGAUGCCUCCAACGAGUGGCUAGCAGCAUGGUGGACAGACAAUCUGGGGGUUCUCUCGUGGCGUGCCUGCUACUGUCUUGGGAAGAACGAGGAGACACCGUGGAAGCCGUUCUAUGAGUCUUUCAAAGAGAUCUUGGAGACUUCUUUUGAGAUGCUACAUCCUCCGAAUGCCCCCUGGCGACUCUUCAUAUGCAAAGAUAGCCCAAUUGCCAAGAUGGAGAUUGAUGUCUGGUUACAGGCACUCGCCGAUUCUAGCAGGCCGUCGACCUCCUGCACAAUUCUCACCGUCGAUGCGCAACCCCUCUUGGCUUUCCCCUCCUCAGACCUCCAGAUGAGCUCUUCCGAUGUGGGUUCUGGCCCCUUAGCGACACCUGGAGCUACGCCUCAUACAAAUGCCCCUUCGCCGGACAUCUCAGGUCUUGGCUCGACACCAGCAGGAAAUCCCGCGCAAGUCGGGACACCGCCAGCCAACGCCGCUUUCGGUGACCACGACUCAGAAGCCAGACUGAUUGAUGUCACCGACGAGACUUGGGGCGUCGUAAUGGACGGCACCCUCGAUGACUUAAAUACUCUUACUUACCAAUCUGCAUCUAUGGCGAGCGGAUAUCUGGUCAAAAGAGCUGGACCGAGAGAUGAGGAUGGACUGAUACCGCUGGGCGUGAAUCUUAUUCAUGGGCAGAAGCCGUACAAGGCGGUGCUGAAAGAGGUGCUGGGAAUGUACAGGAAUCUGGGUACUCUGGCGAGGGUGAGAGGCGUUGUGGAUCCGGUGAAGAGUGUGUUGCCGUUGCAUGUUGCUGCUGCGAGGAAGGCAUGGAAGGCGCUUAGUGAGACGAUGCGGUAUAAGCCUGAGUGA